AUGCAGCACUGUCGCUGGCCAAGUGUCGCAAGCGACCUUUCGCAUUGUUCAAGUAUUCGCGAGAAGUACAGAGGGCUUCGUUAUACCGCAAGCAUUCCAUCAUGCUGCAUUUCGUGCGUUGCAGCCUCGUACCGUCGCCAUAAGCGCGGUUUUCCUCUCGUCAUUGGCGAUUGCUUGUUCGACGUUGUGUACGAGUGGGAGACCAAGUAUCCCCAGCAAAUGAUGCUUCCUAGGUAUGGGCGAAAAUCGUCAAGCCGUCGCAGCAGCGAACUCCGUGUCAGAGAUAUCGGAUCGAUGAGUCUUCACCUACUUGGAUCGAGUAUCGAGCGUGUCGCGGAGCAGAUACGGUAUUGCAGUUGGGGACCGGUCGAAGAACGGCAUGGUCGAGCUAAGUCAAGAUGGAACGCAAUGAACCAACGGUCGCGCGCUCGAGGGCACUCCAUUCCAACCGAUGUAUCGCUGAGUCCUGGUUCUCGACUUUUGCCGCACAUCUCGUCUUCCGCAAAUGACAGUGCCAUCAGCAAAGCCGUCCUGCACAGUUUGUAG